AUGACGCAGUUUCAUUGCGACUCCAAUGGCGUUUGCAUGGUAUGCAAACGCCAGCCUCUAGAAACAGAAACUCUCCACUCACAUUCACUAUGUGGAUAUAUACGGGUUGUGGGAGAAAGGUGGGGUUCCCUUGGUGAGUUGACUGCAUCUGUUGCAUCAGAAGCAGCUGCGCCAGCCCGGGCUCAUUUACGUGCUAUUAAAAGUAGACAAAGAAGGGUAGCUGAAGAAAAUUCACCAGAUUCUGAAAAGCAUAUCCAAAGAGAUUCUAAAAGGGAUCGGCACCAUGAAAUGAGAGCACCUAAAGUGCAAGAUUCAUUAUCUUGGAGAAAGCGCAAAAGCCAGUUUGUGGUAGCUGAGGGUGCUGAGAUCGUUGCUGCUGCAGCAUCUAGCUUAAAUAAAUUUGCUAAUGACGGAAGCUUUAUGCGGGAAUUAGUCAGUAAGGUGAGCGAUACCUCAGAUGUAAGCACACCCAAUGAAGGAAAUGGAAAUGCAGUAGCAGUACAGAAUAAGAUGAGUGCAAACCAGUUGGCAGCCAAGGCUAUGCAACUUCGUUUGAAAGGAAAGAAUGACGAAGCUGACAAACUAAUGGAAGAUGCGAAGGUUUUGAACUCAAAGAAGGCAAAUGAAGAUCAUGCAGUUAGAUCAAGAGCUGAGGGAAGUUCUAGAAGGUAUGCUAUGCAGAGGAUAUCUUCUGAACAGAAGAAAGGCGAGGAUGAUGCCGAUAUGAAUCUUGCUCGCAAUAUAAUGCAGAACAAACAGUUUAAGGUUCACACUCAAGCAGAUGAUGAAUAUGAUUUUGAAGAUGGUCCAAGCAGAAAGAGUAGAAAGAAGCAAGGAGUCGAAGACCCCAAGAAUAUCCAAAAUAAGAUGAAUGCAAAUCGAUUCUUGACCCAGAAAGAACGAUGCCUCUUUUGUCUAGAGAAUCCGAAACGGCCUAUGCAUCUUGUUGUGUCCAUUGCAAAUUUCACAUAUCUUAUGUUGCCACAGUUGCAGCCAUUGGUGCAUGGUCAUUGUUGUAUUCUACCCAUUCACCAUGAAUCAGCUACAAGAACUGUGGAUGAUGAUGUGUGGGUAGAAAUCCGAAACUUCAAGAAAUGCCUUAUUAUGAUGUUUGCAAAGCAAGAUAAGGAAGUAGUGUUUCUUGAAACUGUGAUGGGAUUGGCACAGCAACGGUGCCAUUGUAUGAUUGAGUGCAUUCCUUUACCCAAAGAUAUUGCUAAAGACGCUCCUUUAUACUUUAAGAAGGCAAUUGAUGAAGCAGAAGACGAGUGGAGCCAGCAUAAUGCUAAAAAACUCAUUGAUACCAGUCAAAAGGGUCUGCGAAACUCAAUCCCCAAGGAUUUCCCAUAUUUUCAUGUUGAAUUUGGCUUAAACAAGGGAUUUGUUCAUGUCAUUGAUGACGAAAAGGACUUCAAAAGUAACCUCGGAUUGAAUGUUCUCAGAGGCAUGCUGCAUUUACCUGAGGAAGAUAUGUACAGGCGACAAAGGUAUGCAGCAUUGGACGUACAGAAGCAAGCAGUGGCAAACUUUUCCAAAGAGUGGAAAGAGUUUGACUGGACAACGGAACUUCAUUGA